ACUAUAUCUAGCUUGACGCACCGCCCUGGACCUCAGCAUCCAGCAUCCAGCCAGAGAGAGCUGACCAGCUGCAUCUUACACAGGUGCAGUGUUUCCGUAUUGUAGUAGUGGUGGAGUGUGCUUCUCAUCAUGGGGGAACUGUUCAGGAGCGAGGAGAUGACCCUGGCCCAGCUCUUCCUCCAGUCCGAGGCAGCCUACUGCUGUGUCAGUGAGCUGGGAGAACUGGGCAUGGUCCAGUUUAGAGAUCUCAAUCCAGACGUAAACGUGUUCCAGCGCAAGUUUGUGAAUGAAGUGAGGAGAUGUGAGGAGAUGGACAGGAAACUGAGGUUUGUGGAGAAGGAGAUCAAGAAAGCUAAUAUCCCAACUGUGGACACUGGAGAAAAUCCAGAGGUGCCUUUUCCCAGGGACAUGAUUGAUCUAGAGGCCACCUUUGAGAAGCUGGAGAAUGAACUGAAGGAAAUCAACACCAACCAGGAAGCCCUGAAGAAGAACUUCCUGGAGCUGACGGAGCUCAAACACAUCCUUCGUAGAACACAGCAGUUCUUUGAUGAGAUGGAGGAUCCCAACCUGCUGGAGGAGUCAUCAGCCCUGAUGGAGGGCAGUGAGGGGGGCCGCGGGGCCCCGCUCAGACUGGGGUUUGUGGCUGGAGUGAUCAGCCGGGAGAGGAUUCCAACCUUUGAGAGGAUGCUGUGGAGAGUGUGUCGCGGUAACGUCUUCUUAAGGAAGGCAGAGAUUGAGGACCCUCUGGAGGACCCUGCCACGGGAGACCAAGUCCACAAAUCAGUGUUCAUUAUCUUCUUCCAAGGUGACCAGCUGAAGAACAGGGUGAAGAAGAUCUGUGAGGGGUUCCGUGCCUCUCUCUACCCGUGUCCAGAGACUCCCCAGGAGAGGAAGGAGAUGCUGGCUGGAGUCAACAGCCGCAUCGACGACCUCCAGAUGGUGCUGAACCAAACAGAGGACCACCGUCAGCGAGUGCUGCAGGCUGCCUCCAAGACCAUGCGGGUGUGGUUCAUCAAAGUGAGGAAGAUGAAGGCCAUCUACCACACACUGAAUCUGUGCAACAUCGACGUCACCCAGAAGUGUCUGAUUGCUGAGGUGUGGUGUCCCGUCUCAGACCUGGACUCCAUCCAAUUUGCUCUGCGCAGAGGGACGGAGAGGAGCGGCUCCACAGUGCCGUCCAUUCUCAACAGGAUGCAGACCAAGCAAACUCCACCUACCUUCAACAAGACCAACAAGUUCACGUCAGGCUUCCAGAACAUUGUUGACGCCUACGGCAUCGGAAACUACCGGGAAAUCAAUCCAGCUCCGUACACCAUCAUUACUUUCCCCUUCCUGUUUGCGGUGAUGUUUGGUGACAUGGGUCACGGUACACUGAUGACCUGUGCCGCCCUCUACCUGGUCAUCCGAGAGAGUCGCCUCGUCGCCCAGAAGAGUGACAACGAGAUUUUCAACAUGGUGUUUGCUGGCCGCUACAUCAUCCUGCUGAUGGGGAUCUUCUCCAUCUACACCGGCAUCAUUUACAACGACUGCUUCUCCAAGUCACUCAACAUGUUCGGCUCUGGGUGGAGCGUCAGGCCCAUGUUUGGAUCCAAAGGAGCCAACUGGUCGUUUGAGACACUUGAUGGAAAUAGAGUUCUGCAGUUAGACCCAGCUGUUCCUGGUGUCUUCAACGGGCCCUAUCCACUCGGAAUUGACCCGAUCUGGAAUGUUGCCACCAACAAGCUGACCUUCCUCAACUCAUUCAAGAUGAAGAUGUCUGUGAUCCUGGGCGUCGUCCACAUGCUGUUUGGAGUGUCUCUCAGUCUCUUCAACCACCUGUACUUCAAGAAGCCGCUGAACAUCUUCUUGGGUUUCAUCCCUGAGAUUGUCUUUAUGGCCAGCCUGUUUGGCUACCUCGUUCUGUUGGUUUUCUACAAGUGGACAGCCUAUGAUGCCUUCACCUCCAAGGACGCACCCAGCCUGCUUAUCCACUUCAUCAACAUGUGUCUCUUCAAUUACAACGACCCCACAAACAAACCUCUCUACAGGGGACAGAUGGGGAUCCAGGUUUUGUUGGUGCUGAUUGCCCUUGCAUGUGUACCCUGUAUGCUGAUUGUGAAAACUAUGGUGCUUCGGCGUCAGCACCUGUGGAAAAAGAAACUGUCCCAGAAGAGGGAAGAAACCCCUGCAGAGAAUCUAGAGCAGUCUUUAGAGCAAACAGGCGUGUCCUCAUCAUGCACCGGACUCACCCAACAGGGCACGCAGAAGUUCGGAGGGGUGCGGGUGGGCAAUGGGCCCACAGAGGACGAGGCGGGCAUCAUGGAUCAUGACCACCUCUCCCAGCACUCUGAGGAAGGAGAUGAGCAAUCAGAGGAAGAGCCGUUUGACUUUGGUGACGUAGCUGUUCACCAGGCCAUCCACACCAUAGAGUACUGUCUGGGCUGCAUCUCCAACACAGCCUCCUACCUGCGCCUCUGGGCCCUCAGCCUGGCUCAUGCACAGCUGUCAGAGGUGCUCUGGACCAUGGUGAUGCACCUGGGUCUGUCCUCCCGGAGCGGAGGCGGGUUCUUCGGCCUGUCCAUCAUCUUCUCGGCUUUUGCCACCCUCACUGUUGCCAUCCUGCUCAUCAUGGAGGGGCUGUCGGCCUUCCUGCAUGCCCUGCGUCUGCACUGGGUGGAGUUCCAGAACAAGUUUUACUGUGGCCAGGGCUUCAAAUUUUUCCCCUUCUCAUUUGAGAGCAUCCUGGAGGGACGAUUUGACGAGUGAUCCGACCUCAGCAUGAUCCAGCAGAACCCCCGGCCUUCCCUCCUGUGUGUGUGCAUAAACCCAAAGUGCUGCCCUCUGUUACCCUCUAGUGGUCAUUUGUGAAACCUUUAUUAUAUAUGAGCUAUAAUGUGGUCCUUGUAAAAGGUUUUCCAGUGCACAUGUGCCAAGCUGUACCCAUACUGGAGUUUCUAUUGCUGUGGCACAGUACCAUCACUGUACUCAGCAUUCAGCCUGUUCACCUCUGCUGUGCUAACACAUCCUCUGCCAACAUCUAAACCCUGAACCUUUGCAUUUAGGUGUCAUGUCCUCUCCUAACAAGCGGCACUACAGUUUUGUUGAAGGAAGGCUAAGAACCAGGUUCUCUCAGUGUGGUUCUGUGUUGUCUGAUUCACAGCUAAAAUAAACGACUUCAAACCUGUGUUCUGGGAAGGUCCUUCAUGUAUAUGUACAGCUUGGGAUAGUUAGGCCUGUGAAGAUGACUGUAAUACUAUCGUCUCACUCCUGAGUCAGCAGAGAACCUACACACAACUGUUGUGGAAAUCCCAGAGUUAACGCUGAGAUUAAAAUGUUGCUCCAUCCAAAAGAAUGAACAUUUAAUUUCACUAUAAACAGCAUGUCACAGAAUCCGAGUAUGGAUCCGAUUGAUGUAUUAAUUUCUUAUCAGUGUUAUAUUGCGUUGGAGAUCAAAAGACAUGGUGCCCUCUGUGUGUGGCUCUGUAACUUCCCUGUGCUCAUUCUGUGUUGAUUGGUGUUGUAAACCAGUUGAAGAACUGAAAUGCUGCAUUUAGCCUAAAACAUGUCAAAGUUCAUUGACACUGACACGUCUCUCUUCUGUUCAAACUGAGGCACAAUAGCAAUCAUGUUACUGUAUUUGAGUUUCAAUAUUUAGGUGUUUACAUGAAAUGUUUCAGUUAUGUUAUAUUUGCAUUAUGAUGGCAAAAAGGCUGCAGAAAAAAAAGAGCCUCAAAAGAACACAUGCAACUGCUGUUUGUCAGUGACUCGUGAUGUGGAAGCUAAUGUGUUUGUGAUCAAUAAUAAACAGACCUGGGGAUUCA